AUGAGCCAACAAAAGGGGAAGAAACAUCGCUCGGACUUUCUCGAUGACGACUGUGGUCAGAGUGCAUUGCAGCUCGCAGCACGUGGUAGUGCAAUCAUCGUGGAGUUGCUUCGCCUUUCGCAACACAUACCACGGGAGUUUGUGCAUCCAGAGGAGUCGGAAUACGCGGCGAUCAUAAGUGACUUCUCCUACUUCAAGGCAACAGAGGCAUUCGAGGAGAACAUUUCUAAAUCUGAGGUGCUACUUCAGAGGGAUGAGGUCUUCGGCAAUACCCAUGUGGAGUUUCUUGACCGCUGCUUCAAGUUGUUUCGCGGUGUAUUUGGUUACGUAGUGGAACUCAACCGAUUCGUGGAGGAAAUACUCGAUGGUAUGUACGUCUCACACACUAUUGAGUCCAUCUUGGCAGAUAUCGAUGGCAAGCAAAUUCUUUGUGAAAUAUAUCACCUCUACGGAGUUAUGCUACUACUGCUUGACCACAGAUUUGGUGGGAAAAUACGGGAGUAUAUUCUCGUUAGUUACAUACGCUAUAAGGGGACUAGUGAGCCGAACAUGAUGGAUGUGACGAGUUUGUGCCGCACAACCGGGUACCGUUGCGACUCAGCAAAUGGGCUACCGCCGAAUUACCCAUUAUCAUACUUCAAUCGCGUUCCAGUUGACAAAAAGGUCGUUGGAACCAUUAUUGGUCGUAUUCGAUCCGAUGACAUUUAUCAGAUGUCGUACAACUUUCCGGUGCCCGAGCACCGUAGCGCUGCUUUGUCUUUACAAGGAGCUGUGUUGUACGUGCUUCUUUUUUUCAAACCUGAGAUACUCCAACAUGAGGGGCCCGUUAUGCGUGAAAUUGUGGACAAACACUUCGCUGAUAAUUGGAUCAUUAAUUACUACAUGGGAUUCACCGUGGACCUUAUGGUGGCAUGGCGUGAGUUCCCAGCCGCGAGGAAUGCCAUCAGUGGCACUGUGACUUUGGAAAACAUUGGAUAUUAUAUGACGCGGCAACGGCAGAGCAUGUCGAGCGUGUACGAUUCAAUCGAGGAGGUUCUCCGCCAAGGAGUUCUCACCGAGCAGUACGUGUUGGACAAUAUUCAUUCCACAUUGCUUCCACUCAUUCGCGAGGCGAAUGUUGUGCUGCGUUGGUUUGUGCUACACACACACCGACUUGAUGGCCGCAAUUUCUAUCAUGAGAAAAGUAGACAAAUUUACGAAAUGAUUGCUGGGUGCGUAAGGGACGAUGAUAUCAUCAUGUUGCUUCUGCGCACAGCUCAGCUAGAGUUUACUCUGCGAGCCAUGUUUGCGAACCUGUUGAAGCAGAAAAGAGCCCGCUGGGAAUCCUCCCGACAGGAGGGGGCAAUGAAAAUGGCCAAAUUGUCCACUUUUUUCUCGGGAAAGCACGUUUUGAGUGAUGACAUGUGCGACCCGCAGCUGGAGGCGUGGUUUAUGGAGAUAUCGCAAAGAAUCGAGGGUUUGGAAUAUGCUAACAGUACCAUUGCCAGCAGGAAGAUUCAAAAACUGAUAAAGGCUUUGGAAAAUGUGCAAGAGUUUCAUCAGGUUGAUAGCAACUUACAGGUGAUUCAAUUUGUACAAGACACUCGUUUCCUUCUACUCCAAAUGAUACGUUACAUCAAUAUUGAGAAUAAAGUUCUUAUUACCAUUGCCACUGUUGGGGAUGUCUCCUACGCCUGGGAGAGUAUGGCAUACUACAACAAUUAUGUAAUUGCAAUGCAGUUGAAGAUUAAGCAGAAACCUGAUCUUGCAGUGCAGAUGCGCGCAGUUUUCAUGAAACUGGCGUCGCUGCUCGAGCUGCCAUGCAAUCGGAUCGAUCAAGGAGCGCAGAAUGAUGCACGCCUUCUAGUAGCCCUUGAAAGCACCUCUGAGUAUUACUCUGGGGAGUUGGUGGCCUUUGCUCGACGAGUUCUGCACAUUAUCCCUACUUCCAUUUUCAGUAUUCUCCGACAGGUUAUGGACAUUCUUACCAACCACCUACAUGAGUGCCCAACGAAACUGGCAAGGAAAGAAAUGAAGGGGCAAAGUCAACUGAACGUGCGGAAAGCACUUUCGACUCACACAGCUGACAUUGUGAAAUACGCAAGCGGCAUUUUGGCGAUGGAAAGUACACUUGUCGGGAUUAUCCAGGUGGAUCCUCAUCAGCUUCUUGAAGAUGGCAUAAGGAAGGAACUUCUUCAACAAAUAACGAUGGAAUUACACAACUCACUUCUCUUCGACGCGAAAAAACCGCCUUCGGCCGCCUCCUUUAAUGAGGGGCUUGCUCGGCUCGCUCAAAAGUUGAACGGCAUUCGCGCCUCCUUCGAGUACAUUCAGGAUUAUGUAAAUGUACACGGUCUUAGGAUUUGGUUGGAAGAGUUCUCACGGAUUGUGAACUUUAACGUGGAGAUGGAGUGUAAUGCGUUUUUACAAAAGAAGUUAUAUCCAUGGGAAUCACAGUAUCAGUCGGAGAGUAUUCCCAUCCCUUACUUCGAGCCAACACCUGGUCGAUCAACAUACAGUUUUCUUGGAGGAAUUUCGCAGCAUCUCAUUGCCAUCACUGACCCCUCACACGCCCUUUUCCUCAAGUCAUAUGGGGCUUGGUUCGAACGCAACUCACUCGAGGAAGUUGUUGGCUCACGAACCUUUGCUAGCAUAGGAGAAGCCAUCGGUUCCAUGGGGCUCGUUGCACUUGACAGGAUGUUGUGUUUCAUUAUUGCGAAGAACCUACAACAAUUGCUGAAGACCAUUCGGGCCACUUUAGAGCCGUUGGAAGAAACGGUUAUGAACCUGGCGGAGGAACUUUGUUCCAGUAGCCAUGACCCUAGGAAGCUUAUUGAAAUUUACGAAAAACUGAUGAAGUUGAUCAAUAGCAGUGGCGGUGAGGGUAGUGUCCCCCUGGAGACGAAGGAAUACAACAAUCGCGUUGUGAUUAAGGACCACCUGGCCGAGGUGACAAAACUUAUGGUGCUCGUUGGAAGGAUCCAGAUCAUGCGUGUGAUGAUUGCGCACGAGCUCCGUUCGUUUUGUAAACUUAAUAGCGGCUCGCUCUUUGCUGCCUUAUCUACGGUUAAUGAAGCUCUGCUGACAGACCUGCAGCAUCACUAUCAUAGUCCCGAUUCCCAUCCGAUGCCUGGUGAAAUUAUAAACGCUGUUUCGCCUUUUCUGGACUGUGCUGGUAUAAGUGACGCUUUGACGAAAGUGUACGUUACAUCCAAACCAAUCCCAUCGUUUGUGUUUUACCUGAUUGCUCUCACAUUACGAAACAUACCGCGAAUGCGUUACGAUGAUAAACUCGCCUCCAUGGUGCCGUCAGAACUCAAGUACCUGCUGGAUCCUGAGGCCCUCGUCAUUGCUCUUGCUUUACUCCUGAAACAAUUUCAUUCAGAUCAGCUGGUUCUGUUUUUGAACCACCUUUCCCGCGUGGUAUGUGCUGUCGUCCGAAACUUUUACGAAGAUUCGCAGCAACAACAACAACAGAAACAAAAGCAAAAGAAGAAGGAUAGUGGUCCACAACAAAGGCUGGAUGAUAUCCUGCCCGAAGACGCCGAGAAAAUAGUGCACGUAAUUCACGGAGUGGCAGAAGCCACAGGGGCCCCCACCUUAGAUCUUCACCGCAUGUUUCCGGCCCCGCUCUCUGGAGAUUUUCGGUUGCCCGUUACUAAAGGAAAAGGCUGA